AUGGCUCUGCUCACAUUGCUCAUCACAACAACAACAACCAACGCACAAACCACAGGAGACAUUAUCGCCAAAAAGGUCUCUGAACUUCAAGCAAAGGCGACAAAGACCAAGGGCAUAAUCGAGCUCGACUCUCUCGCAUUCGACGACGUCCUUGCCAAACCGAGGAAUUACUCCAUGGUCGUUCUCUUCACCGCCAUCAGCCCAGAGUUCCAAUGCGUUCCCUGCAAGAACUUUGAUCCAGAGUACAGACUUGUUGCUGCUGGCUGGUUCAGGAUCCCUGACAAGUCGCAGAUCUUCUUUGGAAUCCUCGACUUUAAGGCUGGCCAAAGCGUCUUUCAAAAGUUCAACAUGAACAGCGCCCCGUCACUCCUCUACUUCCCUGUAUCGGAUUCCCCAGAGUCAUCCCCCUCCUUCGACCGCUACGACUUUGGCAAAAGUGGAUUCCAAGCAGAGUCAUUUGCCAACUGGGUCAAUGCGAGGUCAGGAUUAAAGAUUGAUGUCCAGCGCCCCUUCGACUUUGUCGCCUUCUCAUUGAAGAUUAUGGGAUUUUCAGGCACUGUGGGCUUGGCCCACUUUCUCUUCACCCGCGGUGGCAAGGUCAUCCGUAGCAAGUAUCUCUGGGCUGCCGUCUCGCUGAUCCGCCACCCUCCUUACUCGAUGCCCAGCCGCGAUGGUCGCCCUGGGUUCAUUGCCCCUGGGUUCCAGAACCAGUUUGGCCUCGAGACACAGAUUGUUGCUAUCACCUACGCGGUGUUGUGUGGAGGAGCAAUCUCCCUGAUGAGCAGCAUCCCCCGGAUUGAAAGCCCUUCUAAGCAGCGUCUUGCAGUGAUUAUCUGGAUGGGCGUCAUUACGGUCAUGUACAGCGUCCUCAUCCUCUUCUUCCGCGCCAAGAAUCCCUCUUACCCCUUCCGCCUCUUAUUCUGA